UUAUGCACAAUAUCGCCAUUUCUGCGGCUGCUGGAAUAACAGGGAUAUAAACGAAAUUCCGCUCUCGGAUCCUGAGCAGGGAAUUCGGUAGACGGGCUAAACGUUCCCUCACAGACAGUCACGUGCAGAACUCCCAAUCCCAGUCUCAGGCGCCGAAGUCUCACAGCUCACACUUCCCUCUGUAGGCUCGGGAACAGUCAGCGUUCCUGGAAGACCGGGAGAAUGGCUCCGCAGCCCGUCUUCCUCAGCGACGAUGUCGUUGCGCGUCUCCUUCGUUACGACGACUUAAUUCCCCGGUUAGAGGCGGUUCUGGGGAAGUUCUCCCUCCGGGACAGCGCGGCAGUGGUGCAGCCAGUGAGGUCCGUGAUGCCUGUAGUGGACCACAACGGGUUCCUGGGGCUGAUGCCUGCAUACGUAGCAUAUGAAGGCAUCUUGUGCGCGAAGGUGGUCGCCUUCUACAGCCGAGAAGAAGGGUCGAGUUUGCCGUCAACUCAGGCCACCGUGCUGCUCUUUGACCCCGAGUUUGGGAAUGUCGCCGCGGUUAUGGAUGGAUUAGAUAUCACUCAUAAAAGAACAGCAGCUGUGUCAGCCAUAUCUGCCAAACUGUUGAGUCCAGCUCAGUCAGACGUAUUGUGCAUACUAGGUUCUGGACACCAGGCGCUCAGCCAUUAUGAAGUCUUCAUGCAGCUCUUUUCAUUUAAAGAGGUCCGUGUGUGGAGCAGAAGAAUGGAAAUGGCAAAGCAGUUUGCAGCUAGUGUCCAGGGUUCUGUAACAGUGUGUUCCUCUGUUAAAGAAACAGUUGAUGGAGCUGAUGUAAUCGUGACCGUUACUAACUCAAGUGAACCCGUGCUCUUUGGGGAGUGGGUCAAGCCUGGUGCUCAUGUUGCAGCGGUGGGGGCAUGCCGACCAAACUGGAGGGAACUGGAUGAUGUUUUGAUGAGAGAUGCUGUGAUCUACGUUGACAGCAGGGAGGCCGCUGCAGUGGAGUCAGGAGACAUUAUUCUGUCUGGGGCGAAAGUGUUUGCUGAAAUUGGAGAAGUUCUAAAUGGAACCUCGCCUGCUCUCCGUGAGAAGACAACAGUAUUCAAGUCUCUGGGAAUGGGAAUACAAGAUGCCAUCUGUGCUAAACUUGUGUUCGACAAGUGGAAGAGUAACCAGUGAAGGACUAAGGAUUCAGCUAUGAAGAAGAAUCACUUGCUUUCAAUACAAAUAUUCUUUUGAGGAUAAACUCACUACUGAAUCUUUAACCAGCAGGCAUGAUUCCAAUAAUGAACACAUUUGUCUUUUGAGAUCAGAACUGUUGAUUGCUUUUACAGUACUUCAGAUCAUUUAAAGACAUGGGACGAAAUUAAAUAUCAGAGCUAAUGGUUAAUACACUAACUCCAGUUAAAAUGCAGUAAAACAAAGCUGACAUGUCUUCACAUUGUCAUAGAUUAAGAUAAAAAUUUAUUUUUAAAAACAGUUCUGAGGAUUCAACUACUUGCUUAUUAUUUAUACACCAAAUAUAAAAAUGCACUAAAAUGUGUACUGUCGAUGUGAAUUUCCAUUUAUUGUUGUGAUUUAAGAUUCCUUUAUCUUGAGGGCUUAACUGCACACUGCCACUUUUUACACUUCUUUAACUAUGUUAACCUGAAUUAAUCGUGCUUAGAAAACACCUGCACAUUCUGAUCAUCUGUCAAACUACAGUCUCUGUACAAUACAAGUGAAAUAAUAAAAGCCCUCUCACAAUGA